UUAAAUAAAUCAUUCCAACAUGGCCAUACGGAUUUGCCGCGUCUGUGGUGUAAGUUUGUCCAUCGAUGCCGACUGCGAAGCGCUAGAAGACUACCUUCAAAUGUAUUCACAACUUACGGCGAUCAAGCUGGAUGACGAGAAGGACCUUCAUGAGUUGAAAGUAUGCAACGUUUGCAUAGGAAAACUUCAGGAUUUCGAUCGGUUCCGAAACGUAUGCCUUCAGGUUCACUGGCGACUGCUUAAUGUGAAAUUGGAACAGCCUGAGAAUGAUAGUGAUCAGGAUAUAACACAAGUCGUUAAAUGUGAACCGGGACAGAUGGAUGACUCACAUAAAUCCGAUUCCAGUGGUAUGUCCGACGACGACAAUGAAGACGAUGAUGAAGAUGACAACAAGCCGCUGCAAGGGCUGGUGGUUAAAUGUAAAGUCAAUUCAGAUGACGAGAGCGAUGAAGCAAAGCCAAAGAAGCAGCGUGCGAAGUAUGGUAGCUUGAAAAAUCAGAAAUCGAAAACCCGCAUCCCUGUCUACAGCUGCGACCAGUGUCCGAGGAAGUUCAGGGUCAUGCUGAGACUCAACGCUCAUAAAAGGACCCACGAUGGGCUGAAACCGUUCGAGUGCGAGCUUUGCGGAAAGGAUUUCGCCAAGUGGAACAACCUUAAAACGCAUCACAUCCAGAAGCAUACGGAAAGUAAAAUUUCAAUACCGUGUGAGUUUUCCGGCUGUGGUCAGACGUUCGCUACCCGUCAGGGACUGAAGAGGCACUGGGUGCGCACUCACGAUCCCAACUAUGUGGUACCGGAGACGACUGUGUUUAUUUGCGACACCUGCGGUAAGACGUUCACCACCAACGGGGCACUGAAGAAGCACAAGUUCAUUCACACGCCGAACGAGAUGCCGUUCAUUUGCGGAACCUGUGGGAAGAAGUUUCCGACUUCGCAUAAGUUGAAGGAACAUACGAUGCGGCACGAGGGCAUAAAGAAUCACACGUGCUCGUACUGUGGACUGAGGAAGACGACGAUGCACGAGUUGCGGACGCACAUAAACAAUGUUCACGCUAAGGGGCGCACGUACCCGUGCGAUAUCUGCGCCACGGAGUUCAGCAAUAUCGGAAACCUCAACCGCCACGUUAAGAUCGUUCAUCUCGGCAUGAAACCGUACGUCUGCCAGGUGUGUGAGCGUGCCUUCGGUAAAAGUGACCACCUGAAGCGACACAUGAAAAGCCAUAAUCUGUCGACGGCAAUAGCGACCGCUGCCCGAGCCCCAAGUGUGGUUUACGAAGAUCCGGAAUUAAAUUUCAGAAUGGAAAAGAUGGAACCGGUAGCAGAGACCAAUCCCCCCUUGUCGAACAUUCGACCCACUUUGUCGCCGCCCGUCUUGGAGGCGUUCUUCCACUGGGUCGGAUUCUUCCGAAAGUUCCUUGACGAUCGAUUCCUUCUGGGACGGGCUAGCCGCUUCGUACAGCAACUCCAGCACCCGCGAUCCGUGCGACGAAAGCGCCAAAUCCAUAUAGCAUCCUUCCAUGUGCCGGAUCAGCUUAUCCCGGGAUUUCUCUCCGACGAACUUGGAUCGGACGAAGGCGUUUACGACAAACGACCCCUUCGGAUCGCGCAAGUGAAAAUGGCUAUGUGCCGGGCAUGCGGCGAUUAUCCCGGUGACCAGAGCCACCUAAGGGAGAGCUUGCAAAAAUAUUUCGAUAUCUACUUCAAUCUCACAUCGAUUAGGCUGACACCAGACGAAGAUCCCAACCGGCAGAGAAUCUGCGAUGAUUGCCACUUGAAGCUGCUGGAGUACAACCGUUUCCGGUCAGUUUGUCUACAGGUUCACUAUAAGCUCACGGAAAUUAAAACAGAAAUCGAUCUCGACCAUGCGGACAUUGUGAUGGUAGAAUGUAAACCACUGGUAGGGCCUUUGAAGGUGGAAAGUUUGGAUACCCAUGAGGACGAUUGUGAAGAAGUGCAAUUUAAGGACGAUAUUCUCAAUGAUGACGAAGACGACGACGAUGAUGACGACGACGACGACGACGACUACGAAGAAGAUAACCAUACGAAGGUAAAAGAUGAGACUUCCGAUCAGGAACUAAACACCGAGCUUCUAUCAGACUUGGACAAUGCAAGUGCCGACGAUUACAAGGAACCGAAGAAAAAGAAAAGGAAGAAGAAGAAAAAGGGAGAUGGUCCAAAGGAGGUGCUUUUGGGUUGCAACUUGUGCGAGAAAAAGUUCCGAACCGACGAGCGACUGCAGGGCCAUUUGCGAACCCAUCAGGGAUUGAAGGCGGCCGUGUGCAAUUUGUGCGGUAAAGAGUUUCAUAAAUUUUACAACCUUAAGCUGCAUAUGAACCGGAAGCACUCGGACGUGAAGAACGAGUUCACGUGCGACUUUCCCGAAUGUGGAUCGAGUUAUUCCACCAAGCAGGGAUUGAAUAACCACCGGAAGCGACACGAUCCGAACUUUAUCCAACCGGAACCGAAGCGCGUCGUUUGCGAUCAGUGUGGAAAGACGUUCUCUACUGCCGGAGCACUCAAGAAACAUAACUACAUCCAUUCUGGAGAAAUGCCGUUCCAAUGCCAGGUUUGUAACAAGAAACUUCCGACGGCGCAUAAGCUGAAAGAACAUACCAUGAGACAUGAGGGCGUUAGAAAUCACGUUUGCCCUUACUGCGGUCUGAAGAAGACCACCCGUCACGAGUUAAAGGUCCACAUGAACUAUCACACCAAGGAGAAGCAAUUCACCUGCCACGUGUGCGCUCAGGUCUUUUCCAACAUCGGCAACAUGAGCCGCCACAUCAAGAUUGUCCAUUGUGGCAUCAAAGCAUACAACUGCACGUACUGUGAUCGUUCGUUUGGCAAGGCGGAAACCCUGAAGCACCACGUCAUGACCCACACCGGCGAAAAACCGCACGAGUGUAAAGUCUGCGGCAAGCGUUUCAUUCAGUCGGUGGCGCUGCAGACGCACAUGAAGACACACCGGAAGCAUGAGCUGAAACAGGAACCGCAACCGUCGUCGGCAACGUCGCACCAGCACCAGCAACAGUCGUCAGACUUGAAUCAACAGCAUUCCGUGUCGCUAUUGCAAGCUGCUGCCGCUGCCGUUGCUACGGCACCGAUGAUGGCCUUGGCACAUCCGCAACAGCAUCAAUCGCCUGACGUGUCUUCGCCGAUGGGUGGGUAUGUGAAUAAUUCGAUUUGAGCCCGUUUCUUCAUGUCUUGAAUGUCUUGAAUUAUAUUUAUGUG